ACACGCGUGUCUUCGGUUUUGGUUUUAGUUCCGUGGCAGUCGCUGCCGACGACGACGACGAUCUUCUCGAACGCGUUGCUCGACGGUUUCGUCGCACCCCGAUCGCGAGUUUUUUUUCUCUUCUUUCGACGAUCUUCGCGUUCCCGAAGAUUCCGGUAGCUCGCGAGCGAUCGUGCGCGCGCGGCCGCGUCAAUUCGACGUCGUUCGAACUCCAAGACCAAGUGCGUCCAUCGAGAUCGUUGAAAUUCCAAGCGAGACAUCGUUAGAUUACGAACCAGAGAUUCGUUCGAAAAGCGCAGCUGAUUCGAGCCGGGAAAUGGAAGAAUAACUCGACGACAAAAUCAAAUCAUCGGGAACAUCGAAGUCGAAGUCGCUGGCGGAAAAGGAAAUUCUGACAAAGCGAAAGGAAUUCGAAGGAGAAAAACAACGGACACUCUUGAGUAGAGUGAAAGAGAGGUCCGGAGUGCCGCUUCGAUGCGAAAAAAACGUCGGCACGUUUUGUUAAUCAAAAGAUUUUGCUCGAGGCGACGUGGUUUGACUGAAAAAGAACGCGUAUGACCGCGGCGUCUAACGACGAUCAAAAAAAUGAAAAAGGAACAGGAGUAAAACGUAUGCAGGAGUCGAAAGGAAGUCCAUAGAAAAGAUAUCCUGCGUGUCGAAUCGCGGUACCAGAGUGUAUUUUGCGCCGACCUUUCUUUCUCGGAAAGCGCGACGCUAUCUCCGUUGAAAACUGCUAUAUUUGUGUGAAUCCGUAAGCCUAGUAAAUUGUUUAGCCCGAAAGCGUUACGAAUUUAUGCAAAAUACCAAUUUUGUUUCUAAUGCUCGGUAUUAAAGUAAAUUCAGCUCUGAGCUGGAAAAAUAAGAGCUUGCCUUGAAUGGUAACGUCGCCUUUUUGGCCCUCGAAGGAUCAGGAGAAAGUAACAGUUUCUAUAGCAUCGAUGCAAUAGAAUUUACUCGAAACGUAGGUUAUUGAUCGAUCGUAGAAGCUUGAAAGUUCGUUUCGAGCUGUACUUUAUUUAAGCCGGAAGUUUGAUAGCCGCGAAGGAACCGCAAUUUGAUCGAGGAUGCGUUCCGGACUAUUCGUUGGUGGUCAACGCUCGAAGAAUCGAACAGCGAGGUCGAAGAAUGACGACAUAAAAUAUUGUUCCGAGGAUCGCGGUUGUUCGAUCCUGUGGUAGAAAAGGCAAAUUGGCUAGAUCGUGAACGAUCGAAUGCAUCGAUCGUAAGGUGUCGAGCAGACGUGGCGGUGGUUCGCGCGUCGACUCGAACACCUGAUUCGCGCCUGCCGGUUCGAGAUGCGGUGCACGUCGGGACACGUGUUUCUGACAAGUUUGCUGAUACUACUUCAAGCACGUCGACCGGAAGCAGCUACCGAGGAUUCGGCUGAAUUUCAGAACAAAGGGUCUACGACUUACGCUCUUACAGCGCCGCUGAGACUGGUGUGGGCCAGAGAGGGCGAGGACGUCGAAUUGCCAUGCGACAUCACUCCACCAACCCCAACGGAUUCCGUCAACAUGGUACUAUGGUUCAAAGAUUCUGCUGGGAUACCGCUUUACAGUUUGGACGCCAGGAACGGAGACCUAACGUCGGCCAUUCAUUGGGCGGUCAGCGACGAUCUCGGCAAAAGGACUUACUUCCAGAUCGGUGAUGGGCAUCGAGCUAAACUGAAGGUUGCCAAAGUUACCUUCAAGGAUCAAGGAAUCUUCAGGUGCAGAGUAGAUUUCAUCAACUCGCCGACCAGGAAUUUCCGCGUAAAUCUCACGCUCGUCGAGGAGCCGUCAAAACCUGUGAUAUACGACGCUCAGGGACGAAAAGUAACAGGAGUGGGCGGACCUUUUUUGGAAGGCUACAGUCUCGGUUUGACGUGUCAGGUGGCUGGAGGACGACCAAAACCCGUGGUUACGUGGUGGAAGGACGGCAAGAUACUGGACAGUGUCGUCGACAAAUCCAUCGAUACACCCAGCAAAUUCACGGUGAACCACCUGUCCAUCGACAAAGUGACGCGUUCGUUAUGGGGCACCAAGCUGGAGUGCAGAGCUCAAUCAUCGCCGAUGGCGGCACCGAUCGUUCGCGAAGUAUCCUUAGAGAUUUAUCUUAAACCAGCCAUAGUGAAGAUCAUCCUGAGCGAGGAUGAAAUCUACGCCGGCAGACCGAUCGCUGCACGUUGCGAGACGUGGGGAAGCUCUCCGGCCGCUAGGAUCGUAUGGAGGUUAGGCGGCCAGAUGAUCGGCGAACCGAAUGUGUCCACCACGCAGAGAAGCAAUUCAACGGUCAGCAAGCUGGCUCUGGCACUGAGCAAGCACGACGACGGCAAGGAAUUAACCUGCAGAGCCGAAAAUCCCCGAUUUCCUGGCGGAGUCCUCGAGCAAACGAAAGUAUUGAGCGUCGCCUACGCGCCUAUCGUGGACGUCGACUUAGCUACCGGAUAUAUCCUGGAUACCUUACGGGAAGGGGACGAUCUCAAGUUGGUUUGCAACGUCGAAAGUAAUCCGCCCCCGAUUAGGGUGAUGUGGUACUUCAACGAUACUCGACUGGAGCACGACGUGGCUGCGGGUACUCUGAUAUCCUCGAACACGUUGACUUUGAGGAUACUGACCCUAGCUCAUGCUGGAGUAUACUCGUGUGCCGCGAUCAAUUCCGUAGGAGAGGGUCACAGUCCGCCCAUGUUCAUCCGUAUGAAGUACGCACCGCGAUGCAAGAUUGGCUACGAGCGCCGCGAUGUGACGGCUGGUCGACACGAAACGGUGUCGCUGCGCUGCGAGGUCGACGCGGUCCCAACAGACGCGGUGAGAUUCUCUUGGACGUACAACGGAACACUGGGCAACGUGUUGCCGGUGCCAAACUCCAGAGCUCAGAAUAACGGGUUGAUUAGCGUUUUGGAGUAUACUCCUUCCGCUGAUACCGAUUUUGGUACUCUAGCAUGCUGGGCGAGCAACAGCGUCGGCAGACAAAGGACACCCUGUAUAUUUAACGUCGUACCAGGCAAGCCACCGCAACCGCCGCUCGACUGUUCCCUGCACAACGAGACCAGUUCGCUGGAAGUGAAUUGUGUCCCUGGCGCGGAUGGCGGUUCCCCGCAGUACUUUUUGCUGGAAGUUCGAGGCGUCCCGAAAAGUCCUGGCCUCGUUCAGGUGAAUUCACCGACCCUCCAUGCACCUCAGAGCGAUCAAGGAACGGUCGGGGAAGUGCCGGCUAUAUAUCAAGAAAGGAAUCCUCUGCCUAAUUUCCAAUUACACGGCCUUGAACCGGGAUUCGAUUACACUUUGUACGUGUACGCGGUGAACGGUCGCGGAAGAAGCGAACCCGUGUUGUUGGAACACGUCAGGAUCGCGGAAUCGAUAGGUGGAAAAUUCGAAAGGAACGGUCUAUUCCUGGAGGAUCUGAAGAAAGCGUUGCCUAACACCACCACGGAGAAUAUGGUCAUCGUGAUCGCGUUGACAGGUACAGGUGCGGUGGCUUUGAUCCUGGUUGGUAUCGGAGUGAUCAUCGGGCUGGCUAUCUGCAGGCGAAGGACCAGCUCCCCCAUCAAAGACGGUCCGGACGAUUUCACGACCCCUAGCUACGUUUCGGCUCAAAGGAUCGAGCCAAGGAUCAGAUACUCUAGCGAUAGUAGACGUUCUCAAAGGGCGAGUCUGUACAUCGAGGAAAAUCGAAACGAGCCAGAUCUGCUUCAGAGAGUAGAAAUCGAUUUGCACGAGUAAGUUCCACGAUUGUGCAGUUAGAAGCGAUACUUUUGACAUUCGUCGUUUUGUAUUAUACGUUGUGUAGAUAUUAAGUCGGGCGGAAGUGCCUAUAUUAACAGACUACUACUGGCGAGUAGUAGUCGGAUAAAUCGUAGAAAAGUAAGAAGCCGGUGCAUUACGAUGCGUUCGAUCGUACACUGUUUCCAGAAUUCCUGUACCUGUACUUUACGAUCGUAUCCAACCAAGUAUCUUGUAACGUCGACGAAACGACGAGCCUUACAGCGUUAUUUAUUGCUCUCUUGCUGUAAUAUACGCGCUAUUUUCUACUCGAGCGAGCAACAAACCAAGUAUUAUUACGAUAGAUCCUAGCUAAAUUAUUUUUAACCUUUCGAUCGUCGAAUCGCUAGAGAUCGAUAAACAAAUAGUUUAUCGAUCGAUAGCUGGUGAUUGUAAGUUUGCGAUAUCGAUAUUUCGGCAUCGAAAAUCCAUCGAUAUCGAGGUGUAACGAUUUCUCGUAAAUAAAAUUGCGCCGUUAUUUUUACAAUUAUAUGUAUAUGUAUAUUACGAUCUCCGUUCUCGAUAAAUUCAAACGCUUACCCAUCGUUGUAAAUAACAUAGAAAAUUACCUGGUUGUAUUAUUAGCGAUUAGACAUUCAAAUAAAAUGUUUACCGGGUAAUUUUUCUUUCCGAUGGCUUCAACGGUUCUUCGUCCAUUUCGCGGUGAACUUUGAAGAAGGUCGUUGUCGAUCGCAAACGAAGAGUCUAGUUUGAUCGAAAAUAAAGUAAACAUAAUUUGGUUUGGUGGAAGAUUCUCUGCAUUUUGUAACGAGAAGUCGACCAAUUAAUCAAACUUCGCGUACAUCACGGUCACCCCAAAGGCUAUCGCGAACAACUACCGAACAAAUUGAAUAGCCAACGAAAACGUCCAAUUCGAAUUAUUUGGGCACCGAACGUUUGCGCCAAUCGAGUUCCAAAUAAACACGAGUCGGCGUGACGAUAAGGCUGGGAUCAGACGGAUAUUUCGAACGAAGUCGUGUCUUGUUUACGCGUACAUUGACGAACACCCUAAGCAUCUCUAGUGAAAAUGGAGACGUAGUAAAUGGGAGUCUAAGAAGGAUCCAAGAAGAACCAAAGAGAUGCAUAACGACGAUCCAAGGAUUGUAUUAUCGCCAAGACGCUAACAUCGCGUGCGAACAAACUUGCGCAUUCGUUAAAAAAUUGAAACUUGUCGUUAUCGUUAUUACGAUAUUUUGUGUCGCGUUUGCCCGAUUACAUGCCGAUUAAAUUCGAAAGAGAAAAUCGUCGAAGAUUAUCCGGGAAAACGUAUCGUUGAACGAGUUUGACGAAUAACGAGAAACGAGAGUAA